ACGCCAAGCGAAUCACUCUUGAACGUUGUGCGCAAAAAAUUUGGCCGGAACCGUCGCGAGCGAGCGACAACGAGAAAGAGAGAGAGAGAGAGAGAUAGAGGGAGAAGACGAUACAGCGAUAGAGCAAUAUAGCGCGUACGAAUAUCGACUCGAGGUUAAUUCGAUCGCUAGAGAGGGACGCCAUCGUUUUGGCGGGCACGUGUGCGCGCGUUGAUUCUCGUCACCGGUGUGUGCGGACCUCGUUGGGCAUCUUUUCUCGCUCGCACUCAUGAACAAAAUUGAAUCCAAAAUGGAAUCUAUGGACAUAGCGGAGCCUACUACCGUAAAUAAGGAAGUCAGCGGUUCAUCCUGCAGGGAGUCCAUAUCAGUUGACGAUAUGACUUCAAGAGACUACUAUUUUGAUUCUUAUGCUCAUUAUGGGAUACAUGAAGAAAUGCUGAAAGACGAAGUACGCACCGUAACCUACCGCAACUCAAUGUAUCACAACAAACAUCUUUUCAAAGGAAAAACUGUUCUUGACAUCGGCUGCGGUACCGGAAUCCUCUCUAUGUUCGCAGCUAAGGCCGGUGCAGCUAGAGUCAUCGGUAUCGAGUGCUCUAAUAUUGUAGAGUACGCGGAAAAGAUAGUAGAAGCCAAUAACUUGUCUAAUGUCAUAACGAUACUGAAAGGCAAAGUCGAGGAGGUUUCAUUGCCCGACGGUAUAGAGAAAGUGGAUAUAAUAAUAUCCGAAUGGAUGGGUUACUGUUUGUUCUAUGAAUCAAUGCUAGAUACGGUGUUGUUCGCCAGAGACAAAUGGUUGCGCGAGGACGGUAUGCUGUUUCCUGACAAAGCAACACUCUUUAUCUGCGGAAUUGAGGACAGACAAUAUAAGGACGAGAAGAUCAAUUGGUGGGACGAUGUGUACGGGUUCGACAUGAGUAGCAUAAGAAAAGUAGCGAUUAGCGAGCCGUUAGUGGACGUUGUCGACCCGAAACAGGUCGUCACAAAUGCAUGCCUAAUCAAAGAAGUCGAUCUUUAUACCGUGACGAAGGCCGACCUCGAGUUCUCGUCGCCGUUCACCCUCCAGGUGCGCAGAAACGACUACGUGCAAGCCCUAGUUACGUUCUUCAACAUCGAAUUCACCAAGUGCCACAAACGCAUUGGCUUCAGCACCGCACCGGAAGUGCCGUACACGCAUUGGAAGCAGACCGUCUUUUAUUUCGACGAGUACAUGACGGUGAAGAAAGGCGAGGAGAUCUUCGGCGUGUUCUCGAUGAGGCCGAAUGCCAGAAAUUACAGAGAUCUGGACUUCAGUAUCGAGUUGGACUUUAAGGGGGAACUGUGCCAAGUACACGAAACCAAUACCUACCGUAUGCGCUGAUAUUCAGCGGAUAUCGCCGUGUCCUCUUCCCCCCUCCAUUUUUCAUAGCUCAUGAGAUCAUUUAAUCAAACCCGGAGUCUUGAGUCCCUUACUUACCGUGGAAUUCUGGAAUGAUCAUGUGUCUCUCAACGGCACUUGAUAGUACGAGCUAUCGAAAAGCAACGCGAACCUUUAAUUUUAGAAACUAUGAGAUGCUUCCUAAUUAGGCGUUUAAUGUAUAAUGACGACUUUUUAUAUAGAGAUUCUCCUAUAAACUUGCAAAUCUGGAAUAAUUAGUCGUAUUUAUAAUUCUAAAUUCCAACAGUCGACAAGAUAUUGUAAUAAAAAAAAUGAAAUGAAUUUUCGCGCACAACACUGACCAUACCCAAUGAGAUUGUGGGAAGGAAAAAAAAUCGAUUUGAUCGUCUCCUAGCGAAAUCUCGUCCUAAUGCUGCAAAAGGUAUUAUUACUUACAAUGAUAUAAUUGUAACUAACAUUUGGUAAUCAAUAAAAUGUAAUUGUGCGCCAAAA